GCACUACAUGCUCGGUAUAUAUAGUGGAUAAAUUGUCGAAAAAUAUUCUGUUGCGUUCGAGUGGUCAGUGUUCAGAGUUCAGGAUUAAAUGUCGAUGCUAUGAUUUUGGUUAGAACUUCCAUGUGGUUCGGUUUUUUAUUAUUCAUAUAUGCCUACAAAACGGAUAAGUUUCCUCCUCUCACGACGGUUGUUAAGCACUUCGACUUGAACCAUAUUGUCACAAAUUGUUACGAAAGAAGUGGAGUGGACAAAAAGGAGUUAAUCGAAUUUGAAAUGAGCGAAGAUAUGGAACAUCUACCGAACAGCACAGCAAUUAAAACUUAUCUUCGUUGCUUUGGUGAAUUGAGUGAAUCAUUGGAAGAAAAAUCAAAUAAACUGCUGCUGGGUAAAAUGUCUGCCUAUUUUGCCGAAUUGACGAAAGAGGAGCAGGAAAUCUAUUUAGGUAUGGUCAAGGGAUGUGUGAAACGUGCAAAGCCUAUAAGAGAUCUCCUUGAGUUUCCAUACAAUCUUACCGUCUGCUUCAAGCGAAAUGACAAUCAGCACUUUUAUAUUUUUUACUGAAGUCCAGCCACUUCACUACACGAGAAAAGUGGUUUGCACUUCAUGCUUUUAAAACAACUAAAGUAGACAAAUUAUAUGGCAACUUUUGAUCGGAAAUAAAUUUGUGAAACAUG